AGAGAGAGAAGGAACUAGAGAGAGAGAUCAGUCAAAGGAAGGAGUUAGAGAAACAUCUGGAAAGUUUCAGACAUGAGAAGAGGGAGCUGGAAGAGAAACACAAGGAGACAGAGAAAAAGAGGAAUGAAUUUGAAGAAGAGUUACGGGCAUCUAGAGUACAAUUAAUAGAGAGAGACCAACGACUGGAAAGACUAGAGAGUGAAGGUAAAGAGAGAGACAAGAGACUGGAAGAGAAGGACAAAACACUAGGAGAGAGAGAUGGACUUCUGAAGGAGAGACAUAAAGUGUGUGAUGAGAAAGACAAGCAGCUGAAGGAGAAAGAUGAUGAACUAAAGAGGAGGCAGGAGGAACUGGGAGAGAAAAACAAACAACUAGAAGAGAGAGACCAACGACUGGAGAGACUAGAGAGUGAAGGUAAAGAGUUAGAGAAGAGUCUGGAAGAGAAGGACAAACAACUAAGAGAGAGAGGUGAACUUCUAGAGGACAGGAACCAGAAGCUGGAGGAAAAGGACCGACACCUGGAGGAGGUGAACAAGACACUGAGGGAGAAGGAGGGAGAAUUAGAAGAGAGAGACCAACGACUGGAGAGACUAGAGAGUGAAGGUAAAGAGACACAGAAGAGACUGGAAGAGAAGGACAUUCAACUGGCAGAGAGAGGUGAACUGCUGAAGGAGAGAGACAGACAUGUUGAAGAUGUCAAAAAUGAAAACAUUAAACUUGCACAGCAGAUAUGUGACCUAAACACUGAGGUAGAGAGACAGAGAAAUGAGUUAUCGGUUAAAACCACUGAGAGAGGAGAUAUCUCAGAAGCAGAACCCAAACUACCAAUCAGGAGGAGAUGCAGCAGGGAGCCUCCUCUAAACAUGGGAGGAGAGACCCCAGAUACAGACCCACCACUACCACAGGAUGAAGGUUCUACUGUGGUCCCUGGAGUCAGGAGGAGACACAGCAUAUUGGAGCCUCCAGAGAUGAGACUGGUGCUGCUGGGGAGGACUGGGGCUGGGAGGAGGGCAGCAGGAAACACCAUCCUGGGCAGAGAGGAGUUUGGGGCCCAGGACAGCCCCUCUGCAGUCACCCAGAGGAGCAGGAGGAGAGAGGGGGACAUGUGUGGGAGACGGCUGGUGCUGGUGGACACUCCAGACUGGUUCUGCCCUGGACUCUCUCUGGAGGAGAUGAGACAGGAUGUGGGGCUGUGUGUCCGUCUGUCCGCCCCGGGACCCCACGCCUUCCUCCUGGUCGUACCAGUGGAGCCCUCUGAGGGGGAGGAGAGAGGAGCCAUGGAGAGAAUGGAGGACAUGUUUGGAGAGGGUUGUUGGGGACACACUGUCAUUCUGUUCACCCAUGAUGACAGUCUGAGAGAGCAGAGCAUGGAGGAGUUUCUCCAAACAGGAAGUCAGGACCUCCAGCAGCUUGUAGAGAAAUGUGGGAACAGGUACCACGUCCUCAACAUUAAGGACAGGGCCCAUGGCACUCAGGUCCCAGAGCUGCUGCACCAGGUAGAGGAGAUGGUGGCAGGAAACAGAGAGAGCUUCUACAGCAGUCAGACCUACCAAGAGGCAGAGGCCCAGGUCAGAGAGAUGGAGGGAAAGAUUCAGAGGGAGAGAGAGGAGAAGAUACAGAGGGAGGAGACAGAGAGGAAAGAGAAGUUUGAGACAGAGCUGCAGAACUCUCUGAAGAAGAUAGAGGGAGUUAUCCAGGAGCACGAGGGAGACAUCAGAACACUCAGCCAUCGAACAUCUGAACUGGAAAGACAGGUGAAGGAAGAGAGGGAUGAGGAGAAGAAGAGAGAGCUGGAGAGGGAGCUGAAGAGAGAGACUGACCGGAGAGAGGAGAUGGAGAGAAAGCUGGAGAGAUUUAGAGAGAAGAGAGAGAAUGAGAGGAGGGAGAGGGAGGAGAGACACAGGCAGGAGAUGGAGGAGUUCAGGGAGAACUAUGAAGGAGAGGCCAGAGUUGAAGCAGAGAGAAACCUGAUGAAGGUGGUCCUACCUGAGCUACAGAGGAGCAUCAUGAUCUCACACACUAAGAUGCAGAGAGACUUCAGCAGACAGAUUCAGGAGAAGGAUAGAGAGAUGGAGAGACUUAAGUACAAAUUAAUAGAUCUCAGUACUAAGUUUUUAGAUGAAGUCCAUGAAGUCAGUGCAUGGAACAAGUCUCACCUAGGACCAGAUGAGGAGGGGGUGGAGGAAGAGGAGGAGGAAGAGGAAGGGCUUACUGACACAACUCCUCUCCUUAGAGGAGAGACUGAGCAGCUGACAUAGCCAGAGAACUGAGAUUGUUUCAUACUGUGAUGAUGUCUGUACAUAUACUUUUACGCUGUGUAUCUGCUGUUAAACGUGUUAAGAUCCUGGACAAAUGGUCAUUCGGGAAUUC